AUGACAACUAUAGAAUUAACAAAAUCUGGGAUUGCUAUGAAAAAAUUUAGGAGCGACCCCCAAAACGCUUUGAAUGAGAGGAGGAAAGAUGUACUGAGAUACGUUGAAAAGAGAGGUAGUUUCCCUAUUGCUCAAAAUUGGAAGAAGUAUGGAUUCACAGUUGCGGAGAUCGUAGCAAGAAUACGAAAGGGUGGGAAUGAACCAAACUGGGAAAAACUUCCCAUCGAGUUUCGAGUUGACGAAAAUGGAAUACCUUUACCAGACCAGUUCUGUGUUGAGACGCAGACGUCUUCGGGAGCAAGUGAAGAUACACGAGUGACCAUGAAUAUUGCCUCGAGUGGACGUGCUGUCGCAGAUAUGCUGAGACAUAACGAACAGGUGGUCGAGGAGAUGGAAGAUUUCGUUCGAGACUUACCGCCAGAAGAGACUUUGAUUUCGAAUGAUGCCGAUAAUUAUCGCAAAUUCCAAGGAGUCAUGGAAGAAAACAGAGGUCGACAGGUGAACGUUGACCCAGGAGAAAUAUGGACGGUUGUAACGAUCAAUUCGUAUCUUCACGAGAAGGACGAUAGAGGGAGAUUACGAGUGAAAACAGGCGAUGCUAAAAAUGACAAAUUCGAAGAAAGUACUGUCAAUAUAUACGUCGGAAAAAUUGGUAAACCUUUCAGUGGUACUAUAAAUACAAUCAUCACUCGGUAUUCUCGUUUCGAUUGUAGAACAGACGUUCGUGAAUGCUACAAGGAUAUGAAAAAUCUACUUGAAAAUAUACGUAAAGAUGUCGACGGGAAAACGGGGAAGAAAUUGACUGUCGUUUCGGCAGCUACCAAACUCAAUUAUUGCUUCGCCUUGUAUUUUGUUGCUCACCACUUUAAAAAAGAUAGGGAAAAUGAGGGCGCUUUAGAGAAGCUGUAUCCCGACCAAAUGGAUAUUCUCGAGGAAGAGAGACAGAAGUACGUUAAGUUACGCGAUGCGGGUAUUGCGGCGCGUAAGAAUAUUGCCAUCGAGGCAUGGGCGAAUAUAAAACAAAAGUGGUUGAGAGACGGAGGUAGGUUGGAUAUUGAGAACGUCUUUUUCCAACUUUAUGAAGAGAGUGUUGGGCGCGACGAUUUUGGUCGAGUCUUCGUCAACCCAAAGGUAAACAUCGACAGUGAUCAAUGGGGACUUGGUAAGAACAACUUUAUGACUAAAGACGCGACGACGGGUGAUUGGACGUUUCACCUGAAUAAGUACAAGACGUAUAAAAAAUACAAGAGUGUUAAAAUAUUUUGGAGAGGUGAAAAAGCGAAGCUGAUUGACGACUGGUUAACGAAGUCAGGGAACGAAACGUUUCUCUUCGAAAAGAAUAAAAACAUACGCACGAGGAAACCAACUGCGUAUGGUACCAUGUCCCAACUUAUCGGUAAGAAAUUGAAACAAAUAGGAGUUGUGAAUAAAGAGAGGGGUCAAAAUAUUAAUUACUUAAGACACUCGUAUGCUUCAACUUUUGAUUGGGGGUUAUUUGUAGGGACGAAUAAAACCAAAGAAGAUAUUUCAUAUACGAUGCUACACUCGCCGUCUAUGAACGCAGAAUACGUGCGUCCUCUAAUCGACAUUACAGAAUCAAUCCGUGGUGAGGAGAGAGAGACCAUCGAAGAGGAAGAUAUUCAGGACAGCAAUUUCGUUAUUCCAGAAGAGAGUAUCCCAGACUAUAUCCCAGUGUCUUGGGGGUCAACUCGAAAACGUUCCAGGGUACGACAACGUGGGGAUACCGAAACUGAAGGUCAAAGAAGAAAACGAUAA